CAUGUACACUGCAGCAGGGCAGAUGAGGGCUUGUGCUGAAAUCAUGUAUCAUACUACACUUUAGCCCGUUAUCUGUAAACAGACUGAUGGGCACCGUUUUAAUACAGUAUCAAUAACGUAUUGAAGCACAUAAAUAAUAAUUUGAACAAUAGUGCUUUCAAUAGAUACAAUUUAAUGUAUGGAUCUCUAAGCUAGCGGGAUAGCUCUAGUGCUAGCCUGUUAGCAUUGCGGUGAGCUCAACCACCUUGGAGGACGAAGCUCAACUUCCUGUAGGCGUGAGAAUCACGACAGACCGCGGUCUUGCGGGCCUCGUCGGGGCUUGUGUUUCCAUUGUAACCAGCUGCACUGGUAAACUGCAGAAUGGCAGACAGUGCCAGUCUACAGUUUGUGAGCCUGUAUGCCUUUGAGGCCAUGCAAAAGGUAGAUGUGGCCAGGCUGGCAGCAUUGAGUGACCCAGAGUUGAGGCUUCUGCUGCCCUGUCUGGUGAGGAUGGCUCUCUGUGCCCCUGCGGAUCAAAGCAAUGCCUGGGCACAAGACAAGAAACUCAUCCUGCGACUGCUGUCAGGGGUGGAGGCGGUGAAUUCCAUUGUAGCGCUGCUGUCUGUGGACUUCCAUGCUUUGGAACAGGAUGCUAGAAAAGAGCAGCAGCUAAGGCAUAAGGCUGGAGGCUCUAAUGGCGAGAGCAUCCUGGUGUCUCAGCUGCAGCAUGGCUUGACUCUGGAGUUUGAGCAUAGUGAUCCUCUCAGGAGACUCAGACUGGCUCUCAGUGAAUUGCUGGCCAUCAUGAACAAGGUGGCUGAUUCUAAUGGGGAGUUUUUCCUGAAGUCUUCUGAGCUGUUUGAGAGUCCGGUGUACUUGGAGGAAGUGGCCGAUGUUCUCUGCAUUCUACAAGCAGAGCUGCCGUCUUUGCUGCCCAUCAUUGAUGUUGCUGAGGCCCUGCUUCACAUGAGGAAUGGAGAGUGGUUCUUGUGUCUGCUGGUGGCAAAUGUCCCAGACAGCUUUAAUGAAGUGUGCAGGGGUUUGAUAAAGAAUGGAGAACGGCAGGAUGAGGAGAGCGUGGGUGGUAGACGCAGGACAGAAGCUCUCAGGCAGCUGUGUCAGAUGAACCCCUCUCAGGCUCUGAACAUCAGGGCCAUGGCGGUGGAGGAGUGUUACCUGCCAGGUCUGGGUGUUGCUCUCACACUAGACUAUAAGCCAGACACUGCAGAUGAGGCGGUCAGUCCUUUGGUGUCUUAUGUUAGCGGCCUACUCCUGGGCACCAAUGGAAAAGUGCGCACCUGGUUCAGUAUGUUCAUUCGGAAUGGUCAGCAGAGGAAACGAGAGAGCAGCUCUGUGCUAUGGCAAAUGCGAAGGCAGCUAUUGUUGGAGUUUGUGGCCACCUUACCUCGCUCCCGCAGCACCCACGUUUCCAACGACAGUGACAUGGACACGGAGAGCAGCUCAGGGUAUUCUGGUCUGCGGGAUGAGCAUGUGGUGAAGGCCAGCGCGCUGCUACGACUCUAUUGCGCACUCAUGGGCAUCGCUGGGCUCAGACCCACAGAUGAAGAGGCAGAGCAGCUGUUACAGUUGAUGACCAGCCGUCCGCCAGCCACGCCUGCGGGUGUGCGCUUUGUCUCUCUGUCCUUCUGCAAACUGCUGGCAUUCCCCACACUCGUCAGUACUCCAGAGCAGGAGCAGCUGAUGGUAAUGUGGCUCAGCUGGAUGAUUAAAGAGGAGGAGUAUUUUGAGAGUGCCGCCGGUGUCUCUGCCUCUUUUGGAGAGAUGCUAUUACUGGUUGCCAUGUAUUUCCAUAGCAACCAGCUCAGUGCCAUCGUUGAGCUGGUUUGCUCCACCCUGGGGAUGAAGAUCGCCAUCAAACCCAGCUCACUGAGCAAAAUGAAGACCAUUUUUACCCAGGAAAUCUUCACGGAACAGGUGGUCACAGCGCAUGCGGUGAGAGUGGCAGUUACCAACAACCUCAGUGCCAACAUCACAGGAUUCCUUCCCAUCCACUGUAUAUACCAGCUUCUGAGGAGCAGAGCCUUCACCAAACACAAAGUGUCCAUAAAGGAUUGGAUCUUCAGACAGUUGUGUGAGACGACCACUCCGCUCCACACUCAGCUCCUUCCAUUAAUUGAUGCUUACAUUAACUCCAUCCUGACCCCUGCUUCCAAGACCAACCCUGAGGCCACCAACCAGCCAAUCACAGAGCAGGAAAUCCUUAAUGUGUUCCAGGGCUUUGCAGGGGGAGAUGGAGGGAAGGUUCGGUCUCAGUACACCAUCACCACUCAAUUGCUGAUUCUCUACUAUAUCUUGUCCUAUGAGGAAGCUCUGCUUGCUAAUACAAAGACUUUGGCACUGAUGAAGAAGAAGCCAAAAUCAUACUCACCGGCCCUCAUGGACCAGAUCCCCAUCAAACACCUCAUCCGCCAGGCACAGGGACUACAGCAGGAGCUGGGAGGCCUUCACUCUGCUCUGCUGCGUCUGCUGGCCACAAACUACCCUCACCUUUGUUUGGUGGAGGAUUGGAUCAGUGAAGAGGAAGUGACCGGCACUCUGCCCUUACUGAGGAAGAUGCUGCUGACAUCCUCAUCCUGCAAAUACUCACAGACACAGUUACGAGAGGCAUUCCAGAACAUUCUCUCAGGUGGUCCCAGACUGCUGCGUAUCUUAGAACACCUGACACUGCUCUCUGCAGGAGAUCAGAUCCCAUACGCAGAGGUUCUCACCGGCAGCAUGGGGCUACUGUUAGAAUACGGUGUCUCUCGUAGAAUCCUACAGACGGUUAAUAAACUCUGGAUGGUACUUAAUACAGUUAUGCCACGCAGGCUGUGGGUGAUGACAGUAAAUGCUCUGCAGCCCUCAGUAAAGCUCCUCCAUCAGCAAAGAUACACUCAGAAUGAUCUGAUGGUAGAUCCUCUCAUUGUUCUCCGGUGUGACCCCAGAGUCUUCAGGUGUCCUCCUCUCAUGGACAUCACUGUUCAUAUGCUCAAUGGAUAUCUGCUGGCAUCUAAGGCCUAUCUUAAUGCUUACCUGAAGGAGACAACUGAAUUUGAGCGACAGGCUCAGACCGUCUCAAACCUUGGGCUCAGCAGCCAACCUGAUGCUCCAGAGGUCACCAGAGAGGAACUGAAGAGCGCUCUACUGGCUGCUCAGGACAGUGCAGCAGUACAGAUCCUGCUGGUGGUGUGUUUACCAUCCCCACAAGAGGAACUGCAGCUGGGAGGAGGUAGAGGAACAGACAGCCUGUUGAGGAGUGUUCAGUUGGCUCCAGGUAUUGCCGUGCGGAAGCAGGUGGGAGACGCAGGGGCUGGGCGAGUGGCCCAGGGGGAGCACGAUACAGAGGGCGGACUGCUCAAUGACCUGAGGGAGGUGCAGUGUCUCAUCUGCUGUCUGCUGCACCAAAUGUUCAUCGCAGACCCCAACAUCGCCAAACUAGUGCACUUCCAGGGUUAUCCACAGGCUCUGCUCCCUUUGACAGUUGCAGGAAUUCCUUCCAUGCACAUCUGUCUAGAUUUUAUCCCAGAACUCCUAGCUCAGCCGCAGCUGGAGAAACAGAUCUUUGCCAUACAGCUGCUGUCCCACCUGUGCACCCUGUACGCACUGCCCAAAUCCCUGAGUGUGGCACGACUUGCCAUUAGUGUGAUGGGUACUCUCCUCACAGUACUGACCCGUGCCAAGCGUUUUGCAUUUUUCAUGCUGACUCUGCCAUGCCUGGUUUCCUUCUGCAAGGCUUUCCCUCCCCUCUUUGAUGAUGUCAUGUCCCUGCUGGUGCAAGUGGGACAGGUGUCUGCUGCUGAUGUCACCACCAAGACCAGAGACAUUGACCCUCUCAUCGCCCGGCUCCAGUAUCUGAACGAGAAGCCACAGGAAAUACCACCAUCAGAAUCUAAACUCAGAUCUGCAGAUGAGCUGGGUGGAGCCGACCCUGAUGUACAACUGUGCUAUCAGAUAGAGGCCACCUUCAUGGAGAUCAUCAGCUCAAGCACACAGGCACUGUGAAAGCAAAAACAGACAAAUAAAAAAAUGUCCUGGUGGAACUAUGGACAAGUCUGAAUGGAUAGGGUUAGGUUUAAAUGGGUUUUGAAUAUUCCCAUAUAAAUAUUAAAGUGAUAGUUCACUCAAAAAUUCAAAUUCUGUCAUCAUUUACUCACCCUGUUGUUCCAAUAACUGUAUGAAUUUCUUUAUUCAGUGGAGAAUGUUAGAGACUGACAGCCUCACUCACCAUUCACAUUCAUUGCUUCUUUUUUUUUUUUUUCCCAUACAAUGAAAGUAAAUUGUGACUGAGACUGUCAGUCUCUAACAUUCUGCCUAACGUAACCCUUUGUGAUACAUGGAAAAAAGAAAACAUGUAGGUUUGGAACAACAUGAGGGUGAGUAAAUGAUGACAGAAUUGUUAUUUUUGGGCCAACUAUUCCUUUAAGUUUCGUGUUACAGGACUCUGGGUCAUAGAAAUGUAACAAAGCAUUACAUUGAUAGGAAAGGAGUUGGAGCUGUUAGUGGUGGGGCCAAUUCAGAUUAAAGUCAGUCCACUCAUGGAUUUUUUUAUGCAUAUUCUCCAAGCCAAUGCUCCAACAACUCCAAGCCAAUACCACAAUAGCUCUUUUGAUGAAGUUUGGAAAAAGUUUACUGUUCUUGCAGUUGAAUGGUCAAAAUCAUGGACUACCAUUUUUAAAGACAAAGGACAAAAGGGACUGAAAGAUUUUGUGAGGACGCAUAUUGGACUCCAUAUCCCGUUGCCAGUGAAAACCCCCAUGUCUCUGUUCUCUAUACUGGACUCAGAAUUACCUUUGAUUUUCCAGGAAACGUCUUUUGAGUGUAAAGUGAAUUAUGCGUGUCAUUCUCUGGCCAGUCCUUAAGGGUUGGCUUAAUUCAGGUCACGAUGCAGGUUGUUGUAGAUGUAGUUGACAUUUUCUAAAUGGUGUGUUAACUUGCUAGUUAAGUGUAUAUUCGAGUGUGCGAUAUGUGUGUCCAGGGCACUUAGCAGUGAAAUUAUCGGUCUGUUUUCUAGACCAGCAUUUAAGAGUACUUUCUUCACUAAAAUCUUUGUGUAAUGUCUCGAUUUAUUUUUGAACACCUUGGUUUUGUAUACACGUCAGGCUUAAAUUUGUAACAUUUAUAUUAAAACUUAAUUUUAGAACGUCUUUUUCUCAAUUUUGAUCGGAUAAAAUAUUUAUUCAGGAAAGCCAAACAAAUAAUCAAGAAACGAAGUAGACAAUUUAACUGGGGUAAAAUAACUAAUUUGACAGAUUUUAGGCUGCCAAAACAAAACUACAAGUAACAAAAGUACCAACAACACAUCUAAUUAUUUUUGUAAUAUAUUCUUCCAUUGCUAGCAUGAGCAUUUCAUUCAUCCCAUAGUAGUUAAGGGUGAACUUAAUACUGAUUAUUGGAAGAAUAUACACAUAAUUAGCAAGAUGAUUAGGCUUUACCUUUAGAGUUUACCCUAUUGCACAUGGGCCGUUUAAUAGUUUCUAAAUCUUUUGAAUCACCUGUGAGGAAUGUUACAUUCAUAUAACAUAACAUAUACAGUAUAUUUCUAUGCAUAACGUACUGUAUGUACAUAACAUAUCUUUCAAAUCCAUAUGGGGGCGCCCUUGUCACAGGGAAAAGAUCGCAUUCUGGCUGAGCUGUAAUGGAGCAUACAGUACAGAUGGAAAUGCUUAUAUAUUUUAAAUUACAUGAUUAAUGACUGGCAUGCAACAAAUAACUCCUAACUCGCAUGCUCCUUUAGUCAGAUUUUAUUGGCAAUCAGACCAGGUCAUGCAAAGAUUUGAAGAUGGCCCACAAUACUUCACAUCAAAGAAGAUAAAUCUGGUAAAUACAAAAAUGUUCAUUUUCGAGAGCCAAAUUAGACUUCAACUAGUCUCAACUUUGUGAUAUUCUAAAAAUUACCCAUAUUAGCUUUGUUUAAGGGGGUUUGCCUCUUUAUUAGGCACACGCAAUGGAGAUGGGGAAUGCAGUCAGGAUAUGUUGCAGGUAGGACUCAAACCUGCAUCACCUA